ACACAUCGAACAGUUUGUGCUGGAAAUUCCUUAUGUUUGUUGUUGAGUAGGAGCAUUGUGCAAGCCAGCUAUGCACUUCCGGAAAAGGGCUGCCUUUUUUUCAGUAUCAAAGAGUUUGAUUUGCUACGCGUAUCUAGCUUAGCAUACUAGCCAGUAAAGCUGAAUCCUGUUUGUAAUUCCAGCUACUGUUAGCUAUACAUUGAUGAUAAUCAUUUUCUAUAGUUCACAUUAAAACAAAUUCCACAUGCAUGUAUCGCAAUGGGCUGUUUGUUCCACUCACUUUGAAAAGUCAGCUGCACGAGAAACUAUUUGCAAUGCCAGCUAAUUGUUUCAUUUUUGACUUCCAGUUAGCCAGCAAACCAUUUCGCUUGCAAAAAGCUAUCUGUGUACGUUUGAUGGCGGCGCUAUUUUCAGGCCGCGCUCCAAAAAUAUUCCUAGCAUGAAAUAUCCGAUUUUAAAGAGACAGUCACAUUGGUCAUGAUUGCAACUGACCCCAAUAAUCCACAGUGCAUAUUAUUUGUACAGUCCAAUUGUUGUAUUAAUACUCUCGCGAUACAUUAUCAUGCUUGAGCUAUUUGUGAGAUUGCGUGAGAAUUCAGCCAGGUACAGUAGCCACCAAACUCACUGUACACAAGUAGUAGCUCUCUGCUGUGCCCAUUUGCUAGCUAGCAUACUGUAUUUUUUUAGGGCCUUUUAAUUCUGUAUUCUGUAGACUAGGAGUUGUAGUUAGUCAGACUCAUGCAUUGCUAUCUUUUAUUGGCACAGACCCGCACUUUUAGUACGGAUUAAAGGUCACGCAAUUUACAACAAAGUCUGAUGUGACUGGCAUUCACGGGGUGAUAGCUAGCCAGCCACAACUAAUCUAUUAGAGUUGCAGUGUCCAUUUUCCUUUGUGUACUGUGUCUUAUUUGAAUGACUGCAUGCGUUUAGGGCAAAACGGCUCCCUCGGAUUUAAUAAUGUCCUGAAUCUCUGCAGCAGACGAAUUGACAGUGACCUGCAUUAUUUUUGGUACUUGAAAUGUGUUAGACUAUUACAGUAUAUGCAAUGUGUGUUUCCAUGUAUGUUGCAGAUCAACAGGACAGUAUGGCCACCACUGUUGCUGUCAGUCCCAGCGAGUAUCUCCAACCCUCUGCCACUUCCUCUCAAGACUCCCAGCCCUCCCCACUGGCCCUCCUGGCCGCCACCUGCAGUAAGAUCGGCCCCCCUGCUGCUCAGGCCCCUGUCAGCGCCCCUCCUGCCCAACCCCAACCUCGCCGUCUCCUCCCCAUCAAGCCCGCACCCAUCGCCCCCGCCCCUCCCAAAAACCUGGGCUUCCUGUCCGCUAAAGGAAAUGUGAUCCAGCUGCCAGCGGGCCUGGGCUCCAACAGCCCCGGCACCCCCAUCGUUCUCACCAUCCAGCAGAGCCCUGGCCGCUCGAAUCAAACAUCCAACAUCCAGUACCAGGUGAUGCCGCAGCUGGGAGGCACACAGACCAUCCAGAUGAUGCAGCAGGGCGGACAGAUCCAGCUCAUCCCGGGUACCAACCAGGCCAUCAUCACCACGCCCAUGACGGUCCCCCAGCCGCAGCCCGCUACCGCGCCCAUCACCCCGCAGAAGACUGUGGCCAUCAAGCCGUCCCCCCAGGGGCGGAAACCCAAUGCAGCCAACGUGGUGCGGCUGCCCAGCGGGCUCACGCUGCCCCUCAACGUAGCCACCGGAGAGGAGCCAGUGGCAGCUCCUCCCCCUCCAACGAAGGGCAGACGAGGAAGGAAGAAGCUGGUGGCAGCAGCCCCUCCACCACAGACCACCUCUCCGCCCCCCGAGCAGAUGGAGACGAUAUUGUUAGAAGCCGGGGAGAAUAUUAUUCAGGCGGGUAACCAGCUCCUGAUCGUGCAGAACACCGGGUCAGGCCAGCAGCAGCUGGUGCAAUUGGUGCAGCAGAAACAGGAGCAGCAGGUGGUCCAGAUUCCCCAGCAGGCCCUGAAGGUGGUGCAGGCCGCCUCCGCCACCCUGCCUCAGGUCCCCCAGAGACAGCCUGCACCCAGCCUGCAACCAGAGCCCACUCAGCUGCUGAUCAAAACAGCAUCAGGCGAAUGGCAGACUGUGCAGCUCCAGGAAACCACAGUUUCCACGCCCUCCAGCAUGGUCACCACCACCCUGUCGUCCGUGGGGGCCACCAAGAGAACACUGGCGGGGGGCAGGAAGGAGAGGACCCUACCAAAAAUAGCUCCGGCAGGGGGGAUGAUAGCGUUGAACGCGGCCCAGCUCUCCUCGGCGGGCCAGGCCGUGCAGACUAUAAACAUUAACGGGGUCCAGGUGCAAGGAGUGCCCGUCACCAUCACCAAUGCAGGAGGGCAGCAGCACCUGACAGUGCAGACGGUGCAGGGCGGGGCCCUCCAGUUGGGCAGCGUGACCUCCCAGGGCCACCAGGUGCAGAUGGAGCAGACUCUGGCUCUGGAGCUGCAGGGCCAGCCUGGGGAGAAGAAACGCCGCAUGGCCUGCACCUGCCCCAACUGUAAGGACUCCGAGAAGAGGCCCGGCGAGGUAGGGAAGAGGAAGCACAUCUGUCACAUCCCAGGCUGCGAGAAGACGUUCCGGAAAACGUCCCUCCUCCGGGCCCACGUGCGCCUGCACACUGGCGAGCGGCCCUUCGUCUGCAACUGGGUCUUCUGCGGCAAACGCUUCACGCGCAGCGACGAGCUGCAACGGCACGCCAGGACACACACAGGAGACAAGCGCUUCGAAUGCAACCAGUGUCAGAAACGGUUCAUGAGGAGCGACCAUCUCACGAAGCAUUACAAAACACACAUAAACACCAAGAACUUGUGAGCUGUGCUGUAUACACAGACAUGUCCUGAUGAACUAAACCCCAUAGAGGGCCGCAGGAGAGGAUACCAAAAGAGUAGUCUCAUGAUGGGUAAACCCCAAAAAGGCCCCAUACGCCCUGUUCUCCUUACUCCCCCCUCAGGGGCUUCGUAGCCUGGAGUACAUACCAAUCCUCCCCCCACAGACUCAACUGUUCCAGUCAAUUUAUUAAUGAUAAUAUAUAUAUAUAUAAAAAUUACGGACAGCAGGCUUACCUACGUAGGCAGAAUACGUAGAACAGCGAAAGGCGUCUCCCAGAAAGAUGGGCAAGCGUGGCUGCUGUGUUCUGAUGACCUCAUGCUCUGAGCACCAUAUCCAGUCAUGAGGCCUGAGGGAGGAAUGAGAGCGAAACGGAUAGAUUUAGUCUACCAAAGUACCUGAGCCCAAAGGAGACUCCAGCCACUCUUGCCCCUUCUUGUUUUUCCAUGUUUUAUUCUUUUCAAUGUUAUUAAUAACAAAUAUUAUUGUUGUUGAAGCUCCAGAAUAAGUUUUAUUUCAAAGUUGAUCCUCAAGCCCCACGAGUAUCCAAGGUACUUUUUUCAGUCAAACAAAUCCUAUUCAGUAAAUUGCACUACAUGCAUAUCAUGUUACAUGGUUUGAAUGGUAUUUGUAAUUCUAUUCUUAUUCAAUAUCAAAGUACUAUUAUGGAUUUUUCAACAAAUAAAUGAUUUGGUUGGAAUGAACCUACAUAUCUGUGAGGCCUUGGUGACCACUUUGAAACCUUACACAGUUCCAGACUUCCAAACCCAAGUUGGCAAAAGAGUUUGUGUAUGUGCGUACAAACAUACAUUCACACAUACAUGGGCGAAUAUAGAUAUUUAUGGUGUUCAGACAUAAUACCCUUUUCGGGAGUUUUUUUUAUAUCAAAGAUGAAAAUGUAAAUUAGGUUUUGGCAUUUUUUUUGUUUGAGUGAAGAGUUACACAUUUAUUUUGAAUACACACCCCAUCCUAAUGAGUUUAAAUGUAGUGCAUUGGUAUGUGUAUAUCAUUAUGAUAUUAACUAAAUAUGUUCCAAAUAUUGGUCUGGCAUGACAAUCAUGCCACAAGAUGCACAUAAUCAACAUUAUAAUGCUUUCUCGGGCCUGUCAUAACUUGUUUAUUAUGAUCUACAUUAAGAUCCGUCUGAGGCAAAUAUGUUUGAUAGAACAUUUCUGAUUCGUGUGACAUAAAAAAUUGACAAGCUAUCUACUAUUAUUUAUCUAAGGUUUUUGGUGUUUCGAUUCCUUGAACACUCAAGGAAGGACACCAGAGCUAAACCUUUACUCGUAGUAUUACAAUAAGUUCUGUUCAAUUAAUACAUAUUGACUGUUUAUGUAGCUAACUGCAUAACUAAUCGGAAAGAUUUCUAAAUGCCCCCCCCCCCCAAAAAAAAUGGUCCUCGUGCAUUUUAAAAUGAGAUGAACAUUUCAUUGAAUAGCCAAUAGAAAAAUUGUGUCCAGUAUGUCUGGAUGCCUUAAACUGGGCCUUGGGGACGGAAAGAAAGUCCUGCUCAUAUUUAUGUUUGUAUUGUAUGUCCUGAAUGUGUAUGUACAAUGUGUCUGGGAGACACAGUAAAAUGUAGGAUAAAAAAAGUUACACUGCCUUGUAUUUUGGCCAGCCUGGUCAGAGCUGAAGGAAGCGGACUCUGUACAGUGUGAAAGGAAAAUGCGUAAUGUGACGUUGUAUAGCUUCAUUCCUGCUUUGUACACCAUUACUUCUAGAUGAUCCCUUUUCUAUCGAAUUUAAAGUUGCCUUAGACAGUUGCACCCAGUAUUUAAAGAGAUUUCUGUCUAAUUUCCAGGGAACGGCAUUUGUAGAAUUCCUUUUAUUUUUAUCUAACUUAUGUUACACAAUGCCGAUGUUUAUGUGCACUGACUUGAGCCCAGGUUGAAAAUGUGUGAUUUUUAUUUGAUUUUUAAGUAAUGAUCAGUGGAUGAGUUUUUACCUAAACUGAAAAGGUCCUAAUGUUGGUCUCAGUGAACCAGGUGCUUUUCCCUCUCUAAACCUGAUCUACCACAGUAAUAGAUUCAGAUCCUGUGUGUGUCUGAAAUGGAACCCUAAUCCCUAUAUUAUGCACUACUUUCAACCACAGCUCUAUGGUCUCUGGUAAGAAGUAGUGCACUAUAUAGGAAAUAGGGUGCCAUUUUAGACUUCCUUUGUUUAACAGGAGUCCUCAGAUAUCCAGCUAUUGCCCAUCUUUUAUAACUUGUAUUAAGGCACUUACUACAGGUGCUUGCUCCUUUUUUACAGUCACCCAACCCUCCAAUAAAGCAUUCAAACUGUA